AUGGCGGUGUCGCCACUUUUGGCGCCGCCCAUCGAGGCCGCCUCGGCGACGCAGCAGCGCUCGACUUCGUCGCCGCUAAAGCGCACCCUCUCGGCCGUCUCCUCCGCCAACGGCACACCCAAGCCCACAAAGGCCGCGAAGCCCGGUGCAGGCCUGCCCGCCGAUGACCUGAUUGAGCAGAUGAACCGGGCUGAGGCGAACAAAUAUGUGACGACACAAUUCCUCGGUGAGGGUACCUACGCCAUCGUCCACAAGGGCUACGAAAAGGCCAAGCCGUCCAACAUCGUCGCCAUCAAGAUGAUCAAGGUCCAGAAGGAGUACACGGACGGCAUGGCACCGGAUGCUGUGCGAGAGCUGAAGCACCUCCAGGAGCUGUCGCACCCAAACAUCAUCGCCCUGCGCUCCGUCUACUCGUCCAACUCGCAGAACCUCUGCCUGGUCCUCGAGUACCUGCCCCUGGGCGACCUCGAGAUGCUGAUCCGCGACGCCAGCGGCAUCAUCUACGGUGGCGCCGACAUCAAGGCCUGGAUGGGCAUGCUGACGCGCGCCGUCUGGUUCUGCCAUGAGAACUUCGUCCUGCACCGCGAUAUCAAGCCCAACAACUUGCUGAUCGCCGCCGACGGUGAGGUCAAGCUUGCCGAUUUCGGUCUGGCCCGCUCCUUUGCCGACCCCUACCGCGUCAUGACCGCCAACGUCAUCACGCGCUGGUACCGGCCCCCCGAGCUGCUGUACGGCGCCCGCCAUUACUCUGGCGCCGUCGACGUCUGGUCCGUCGGCUGCGUGUUUGCCGAGCUGAUCCUGCGCAAGCCCUACCUGCCCGGCAACAACGAGCUCGACCAGCUGUCCCUCAUCUGCGCCGAGCUCGGCAGCCCGACCGAGGACAACUGGCCCGGCGUCUCCAAGCUCGACCAGUUCACCGCGCCCUCGGAGCCGCUGUCGCCCGUCCCGUCCAAGGAGCGCAUGAUGGUGCAGUUUGGCACCGCCGGCGCCGACGGCGUCGACCUCCUCAUGAAGACCCUCACCCUCGACCCUAGAAAGAGGAUCACGGCCAAGGAGAUGCUCAAGCACCCCUGGUGGCACUCGCAACCGAAACCCACUCGCAAGGAAGACCUGCCCAAGAAGAAGACGGGCGCCGAGCAAAAGUUCGCCGCCGACCAGGCGAGGCAGCCCGGCCAGGUCGACGAGAAGAUGGCCAAGGUCGCCCGCAAGUUGGAUUUUGGCGCUCCAAAAUAA